GCUCGGCGGGUGUACGCGCCGCUGGCAGCACCGGACAGACUGACAGACAGACAGACUGAGGACUUACAGGCUUCACAGUCAUUAUCUGGAAGAAAAGCUCUACGCUCUAGUUUUUAAAUCAAUAUUCUGACUGGAUAUUAAUUUCCUUUUCUAUCUCGAACAUGGCGGACAGUAAAGUGAAGAGCAGCGCAGAAGUGAGCACCAAGGAGCUGAAGAAGAAGAGACAGACUGAAGAGGCAGAGAAUGGAGACGAUGCCGCCGCCAAUGGCAAGACUGACGAGGAGAACGGCGAGCAGGAGAAAGAGGUGGAGGACGACGAUGAGGACGUGGGAGAAGAGGACGAGGAGGAGGAUGGAGAGGGUGACGAAGACGAUGACGAAGACGAUGACCUUGACAGGCCAAGGGGGAAGAGAGCAGCUGAUGAGGAUGAUGAUGAUGAUGAUGAUGAUGAUGAUGAUGAUGAAGAGGAUGUAAUUGAAACCAAGAAACAGAAGACAGACAAGUAGAGUUUGCAGCGCCCCUGUCGCUCUGUCUGGAGGACGCCACCAUCGAGAGACAGACCAGCCAACCUUCAACACCUCAGUCCUCCCUUCUUCUCAAGAAUACUUUUAAAAAGAGAAUUUGUUUGUAUUUUUAUUUACAUUUUAUAUUUUUGUAAAUACUGUAAGGAGGUCGGUCAUUUUGCAAAAGUGAUCUUUCCGGGUAUCGAGUGGUGCUUUGGAGAUUUUUAGAUCCAGACUCGCCGUCCAUCAUCAGCCGUCCACAUUCUGUAUGAACUGACCGGAAGCAUCCAGCCUAUGAUUCCAUCCACACACACACACACUGCACCACGUCCAGCACUUCUCAGAGUGCCGAGUGUGUAUUAGUGGUAGUUUGUGUGAGAUUCCAAGGCUGUAGUUUCUGCUGUCUCCAUCUGUCUCCAUCUGUCUCCAUCUGUCUCCAUCUGUCUGUCAGGGGCCAGAUCUGAAUGUUUUUUCUGUCUGUGCUGUUUUGUUGAAAAAUAGACGGCCAUUUGAUUCUGUUUGUUUGUAACUGUGUUAGUUUCUACCUGUCCAGACGUCGUGUCUACCUGCAGUAAAAAAAGAAAGAAGAGAAUCAGCUGUCAGUCGUGUGUGAUCUUUUCAACAGGGGACAUGUGCUCAGAUGUGCAUGUCCACACUUUCAAAAUAAAAAUCAGAUCACAGCUGUGCUUGUGGAUUUUGUUUUUUAGAUAACUGGUUAAUAUGGUUGAGGAUUGUAAAACAAAAAACUGACACAUAAACUGUUGAGAGACUCCCGUCGUACUUUCCUUUUGACGGGUUGCGCCUGUCCUGGAUGACAGUUUCAAUAAAGUUUAUUCAAACAGUCA